AUGGUCGAGACAGCCCUCGACCAAGGAGCCGGUUAUGGCAUAGUCGUCGGCCUGGGCUUUGCCUUUGCCCUUGGUAUGAUUCUUGUCACUUUCAUCCUCCGACGAUACAAUGCCGAGCUCCAGACCUCUGAAAUGUUCAAUACCGCUGGUCGAACCGUCAAGUCUGGUCUCGUAGGCUCCGCAGUCGUGUCGUCUUGGACCUGGGCCGCCACCCUUCUUCAAUCUACCGGUGUAUGCUACCGAUAUGGUGUUUCCGGCCCCUUCUGGUAUGCCUCUGGCGCAACUGUUCAGAUUCUGCUCUUCGCUACUCUGGCCAUUGAGCUAAAGCGACGCGCCCCUAACGCGCAUACUUUCCUGGAGGUCAUCAAGGCUCGAUAUGGCACUCUCCCUCAUAUCACCUUUAUGGUGUUUGGCUUGGUCACCAACAUCUUAGUGUCGCUCAUGUUGAUUGUGGGCGGUAGCGCAACCGUCUCCGCGCUGACUGGUAUGCACACCAUCGCCGCUAUCUACCUUCUUCCGGUCGGUGUCGUCGCCUACACUCUUGUUGGUGGUUUGAAAGCCACAAUCCUGACAGACUGGAUCCACACCUUCAUCUUGCUGAUUAUCAUCAUCAUCUUUUCGCUUACUGCAUAUGCAAGCUCCGACGUUCUUGGUUCACCUGGAGCUGUGUAUGACCUGCUUGUCAAAGCUGCCUCGACGCAUCCUGUUGAGGGUAACAAAGAUGGUAGCUACCUCACAAUGCGCUCGCGUGAGGGCGCUAUUUUCUUCGUGAUCAACAUUGUCGGCAACUUCGGCACAGUGUUUCUUGACAACGGAUAUUAUAACAAAGCCAUCGCUGCAUCGCCCGUGCAUGCUCUUCCGGGAUAUAUCAUUGGUGGUCUAUCUUGGUUUGCUAUCCCAUGGUUGACAGCUACCACCAUGGGCCUGUCGGCACUUGCUCUGGAAUCAAAUCCUCGAUUCCCUACCUACCCUGACAGGAUGGCUGAUGCCGAUGUUUCUGCCGGCCUGGUCCUUCCUUACGCAGCUGUCGCGCUGCUCGGCAAAGGCGGUGCGAUAGCUACACUCCUGAUUGUCUUCAUGGCUGUCACCUCUGCAACUUCAUCAGAGCUGAUUGCUGUAUCAUCCAUCUUCACCUACGAUUUAUACCGGACCUAUUUCAAGCCCGAUGCGAGCGGCAAGCGUCUCAUCUGGAUGAGUCAUUGCAUUGUCGUUGGAUAUGCGCUUUUCAUCGCCUCGUUUUCCGUUGGAUUGUGGUACGCUGGUAUCAGCAUGGGCUAUCUCUAUGUCAUGAUGGGUGUCAUUAUCUCGGCAGCUGUGUUGCCCGCUACGCUGGCUCUCACGUGGAAGGGCCAGAACAAAUAUGCCGCGUCUCUUUCAUGCAUCUUCGGUCUCAUUUUCGCGGUCAUUGCUUGGCUAGUGACAGCUAAGAAAGACUGCGGCAGCUUGAAUGUAGCAUGCACCGGCUCAAACAACCCCAUGCUGGCGGGUAAUGUUGUGGCGCUGUUGUCUCCUCUUGUUCUGAUCCCAAUUUUCACUUUGAUCUUUGGAGUGGAUAACUACGACUGGAAGUCGAUGUUGGAGAUUCGCAAAGGCGAUGACCAUGAUCUUGCUACCGCGGCGCAUCUCGAUCUUGAGAACAUCCCCGGCGGACAUGUCGAGACGGUCCUAGAAUUUCAGGAAGAGCAGAAAAAGCUUGAGCGAGCUGGCAAGAUCUCCAAGACAAUGACGGUUGUCAUGACGCUCGCAUUUCUUGUACUUUGGCCGAUGCCUAUGUACGGCACUGGCUAUAUUUUCAGCAAGCGUUUCUUCACUGGAUGGGUUGUUGUCGGGAUUCUCUGGAUUUUCUGCUCGCUGUUUGCUGUGGGCCUCUUCCCGAUCUUCGAAGGCCGGAAGACACUUGCCAACACGUUCAAGUUUAUUUUCCUGGAUGUCACUGGCAAGAAACAUCCCAAAGCUAUGCAAAGCCAUGAGGGCAUGGAGGAGAGUACGGUUGUUGAAACCAAGGGAACACCAGGUGAUAUCACACCUACUGAGAAAAAGGAAUCAUCGUAG